CAGCUGAGCUGCAUUUGUACCCGUUUAAACUUCCCGUGAGUUAAACCAACAAAUCAAACGCGAUACUUCAUAAACCGCUGUUUAUGGUAUAAUUAAAUGACUCUAAAACAACUCUAUGUUCAACUCUAAAAUUUAAUUGGCGGCAAAAUAACAUCCAUCCAUCCAUUCUCUGAAACCGCUUAUAAAUGUAGCUUAUCCUGUUCAGGGUACGGAGCCUGACAAAAUGACAGCAGUUCACACGUUCCCCAGCCCUGUCCUGUGCAUGGCGCAGAGUCCAAACCAGCAAGGCAUGUACACUCUCUGUGAGCACGACGGGAUACAUUUUGUCCCUCUUCCACAGCUUCUCAGGUCUUCCUCGUGCCCCUCGUGUGAGGACAGUGGUUCAGGGAGUGUUGCCACUAAUUCCCAAGUGAUUGCAGACCCUGCUGUCAGCUCCUUUGUUGUGGCAGACGGUGUCUUAGUGACAGUGGGGCUGGCGGAUGGCAGGUGGCGAUUUAGCUUUUAUGAGAUCCCAGAGGCCAAUGCAGCAGAGCACAGAAAGCUCGCAGAUCGCCACAUCUCAGCUACCGCUACAGGUGGAGGUACCAUCGGAGCAAGGAGCAAGAGCGUGGCUCAGCACCCAGUACUGUGUUGUGUGUAUGCAAGGUGCAGUUUGACAUCCCAGCCACCAGAGGGCAACGAUUGCCAUGUCCUGGACCCGGCUCUCUUCAGCCUGCUCUUUGGUGUUGACUCAUCGCUGAUCCCUUUGCCCAUGUUCGUCUGCGGCCUGCCUGACGGGAGGCUUUGCAGUCUGCCUGCCCUACAGCAGUCUGGGGAUGUGGGGCCUGCAGUGAAGGUGCUCCACAGCUUGGAGGAGCCCAUCGUCUUUCUUGGCAUCUCCAUGGCUGGUGACGGCAGCUCUGGGGCCUUGGUGGUGGUCGGUGGCUUUGGAAAGAUGCUGCUGGUAUUGGCUGAGCAGAAGGAGGGGUGCAAAGUGCUGGCAUUUAGGGAGCGGGGUGUAGCCGGCCCCGUGGUGACCGCCUGCCUCAGCGGGACACGGCUGUACUACAGCACCCGCUCAGACCUCCUGGCCCUGUCGCUGGGCAGCACAGAGCAGAAGCCAACCAUGGGUUUGGAACCCGCUUCCUCCUCUCAGAACCCAGUCAGCCUGAACGUCGGUGGCGUCGCAGCAUUGGCCAAGCCUACGACGGCCUCCACAGGUGCUGUGGAGCUCAUGGCCAUAUCUGACAGAGGGAGGCUCUUGCAGAUAACCCCAUUGGGGGGGCAAGUGGGGGCCCCCCCCUCAAGGCUUUCCACCUCUCAGGUCGGCCAAAAAAUGAAGGACCUUCUUGCUGGCAUCGGGAAUGUUGCAGAGCGAGCAUCCUCGUUGAAAAGUAGUAUUCAAGUGAGGAACACAGCUCUCAAGAAACUUAACCAAGUGUUUAACAUCUGCUGUAUGUUGCUGCCCAGUCAGAAUGGGAGGGAGGGGCAUCUUGACUGCAAGCCUCCAAUCAGCUUUCAUCUUACGACCAAGUGGGUUAGCCUACUGCGAGAGGAGUCCUUGACCUUAAGCUGCGUUCUGGAAAACUCCAGCAGCUAUGUGCUCGAAUGUGGUUGGACUUUGUGUAUACAGGUGGUACCUUCAUAUAGUUCUUCGACCUCGGAAGACAUGGCUACCAAAACCUACAGCUUCCCUCUUGAAGAGCUGGCUCCUGGUAAAACCUUGGAAGUGACGUUGCCCUUGGCACCUGGGAAUGAGUUGCGCUUUCCUGUGAAGGUCUGCUCUUCACUCAUUUACUCUUUGCAAAGCAUGCUGGGAUGCUCGGAGCUUGAGUGUCUUCUGCUCAGAGGAACCCCGUGGUCCAGGCUGGUCUCAGAUUCUGGGUUGGUCAGCCUGGCUCUUGAUACUGUCACCCUAGACUGGCUGCACUGUCUGCACAUUGAUGGACCUGUUGCUAACGGCAAUAGCUUCUGCUCCGCCGUGAGCUCCUCAGCAGACCCCAUCCAGACCUUCCUGCGGGCCCGGAGGUGGGAGCAGUGGAGUUGUGACCGCAGUGGGCCCGGUCGCGGCUCCUGGGGGGUUGGCCCCUUCACUGCGACUCUAAAGGUGUCAUCGGCGCUGUUGAGGACGAUGCUAGCAGGCUCUGCACUAGGCGGCCCCACACUCUGUGGUUCUCUGCUGGCCUGGUUGGUGUCCAGCUGCCCUGGUAACCGCUCCAGAGCAGACCUGAGCUCCCCUGUGGUGUGUGCUCGCUGCCCUCGAGGACAUCGCCUGAAGCUAAUGGCCAACGAGGUGACGGUUGAGGAGAUGAGCUCAGAUGGGCUUCUUCUGGUCGUGGAGGUUCAGCUGGAGAGUUCCUCACUGGUCUCGCUCUGUGGGCUGCAUCAUGCUGUUCUUCACCGCCUGCAGGCCUUGCUGGGUGGGGUCACCAAGGCGACUGAGGAUCUGGCACAGUUGCAGGGGCGGAGUUUGCGAGGAGCCCUGGAGCGUGCAGAAGGGCUCUUACGGGAGAUCCGGGAGGCUCGCGAUCAGGCGUCCCUGGGUGCCGGGAUGACGCGGCGGGCGGCGGACACGCUGCUGCGCGUGUACACGCAGCUGAGAACGCAGCCCCUCCUCAUCCUCUGACACGUGUUGGGAAUCCAGCUGAAUCCAGUGAUCUAUGGAUCUACAUUCUCUCUGUGUACUUUGUGUUAUGUAAAGGAGUGAAAUUUAGUGAGUUACCCGAUAAACUAAGAAAAGUAACAUAGGAGUAAAGUCAACUGAGAGGAAGCCCUACAUGUAGGUAUUUGAAGAGCUGAGCGUUCAGCAGCUGUAAUAAUAAAUGUGCGGCGUGCUG